AUGGAAACAAAACGUGUUUUUGUAGAUGACUUUGAGAAAGUUUGUCGUAUCUGUAUGAAAUUUGACAAAGAAUUUUUAUCCAUUAAUAAAUUUAAAAUCAUUGAAAUGAUAAUAGCGUGUGCCUCUGUACAGAUUUGGGAAAAUGAUGAUCUACCAAAUCAAAUAUGUAAUGAAUGCUAUCUCCAAUUACAAAAUACUAUACAUUUUAAACAAUUAUGCGUUCAAUCAGAUAAUACAUUUCGUGAAAUUAUUGAACAGAAUAAAGUGAAAAUAGAAAAUCAUUCUGAUGAUUUCUUUUUUGAAGAUAAUAGUAUUCAUGUAAAGAUCGAAGAGGGUAGUUAUGAAUUAGAUUACAAAAAUGAUGACAAUCAAUCGAUUAAUGUUAAGAUUGAGGAUAUACCUAGCACAAACGAAUAUAGUGAUGCAACAAGUACAGAGAAGAAAAAGAAAAGUUUGAAGGUAUAUAAAUGUGAAAAGUGUCAACAGGAAUUUCAUACAACACAUCGAUUAGGUCACCAUAUGCAUCAACGACAUAAAGCAGUAGGAAUCAAAUGCAAAAAGUGUGAAUUAAUUUGUUAUCAUCCGUUACAUUUAAGUGCUCAUGAAAAAACACAUUCUACGUCGAAUUUAUCUUGUGAAAUUUGUAAUAAAUUGUUUUCAGAUGCUCACAAAUUAAAACGUCAUAAAUUUAUACACGGAGAACGGACAUUUGCAUGUACAAAAUGUGAUUUAUCUUUUAAAGAAAAAUAUGCUUUAAAAAGACAUAUUAAAACAGUGCAUUCCGUUGACCAAUAUGAAGCAUGUCAUGUUUGUGGUAAAUCAUUUAAAAAAAUACAUUUUCAAAAACAUUUAGACACACAUGGUGAUCGUGUUAAACUUUCUUGUGAAACGUGUUCAAAACAAUUUUAUUACAAAUAUAAUUUAGAACAGCAUGUGAAACAUGUACAUGAGAAUGUUGCCCGUGAACGUAAUCAUUUAUGUAAUAUUUGUGGUAUGGGUUUUCAAAAAAUGGACGAUUUACGUCGACAUUUUUUAACACAUACUAAAGAGAAACCAUACGCUUGUACUAAAUGUGAUAAAAAAUAUCGUCGAAAAUAUUCCUUAACAACACACAUAUCACGGACACACUUAAAUGAACGUAAACAUAUUUGCUCGUUUUGUUCACAAGCUUUUUAUAACAAAGAUAUGUUAAAUAAUCAUGUACGACGACACACGGGUGAAAAACCAUUUAAAUGUAAUUUGUGUGAUAAAGCAUUUAUACAAAAAAUUUCUCUUAAUUUACACAUGAAAGUACAUGUAAAUUCAAUAUAA